AUGGAUUGUGCUCAGUUGAAAUCUAUUGUUUCCCUUGUGGAUUCUCUUGUACGUAAUACGCAUGUCAGAAAGUCACGCGUGCUGUCUUCAAAUGAAGUUCCUGCUCGUGCACCAUCCUUGGCUCCAUUCUCCAGCAAAUCUCUAACGGACUUCUCCAUCUGCAGCAUCCUGGGUCUAGAACGUGAAAUCACCCAAUCUCCCUCAAGUUCUGGUAAGUUAAGAGUUCCAUCUUAAGAUACUCGAGCCCUUAAUUAGUCGAGGACAUCAUUUGGCAUCUUUGACUAUCGAAAUGACUAUUAGAAGUCAAUUUUUAUCCCGUUGCCUUCUACUAGUUUAAUCCAUCUCAGAAACAGAAAAAGAGAAUUACUCAGCUUUAGACGGGCGAUUUCUGUUAGUUAAAACCAGCCAUUAGAGCGAUACUAUACAUGAAACAACUUGUCCGUAGGAAUAAACAUUAAAACCUUUGUCUAUAUUUAUGUUGACUACUUGUAUUUAAGCGAUAUUAAGGGGAAAUAAUAGCUGACAUGUGUAAAACUAAAAUCCAAUUCUUCUUUAAUUUACAGAAUGCAACAGUGAUACCAGUCCGCCGUUAUCGCCUUACUCCGACGGCGCAAGUCCGCGUCCAAGCCACAAGGCAACCAGUCCACCGUUAACUCCUUACUCUGACGUCACAAGUUCUAGCAGCGACUGUGACAGUGAGCCCGAUCAAGCUUCGACCCCAACUGAACAUUCAACGAAGAAGAAGCGACAGCGUACGACCUUCUCACCUAUCGAACUUGGAGAGCUGGAAUUAGCAUUCAGACGGCGGCCAUAUCUGCUAAAGGAAGACGAGGACGAACUGGUACAAAGACUCGGAAUCACGGCUAAAAGUCUGAAGGUGAAUUUCUAUCUUUCAUGUUUCGUAUCGUGUACGUAAAUUUCAGGAAACAAUGAGUAUUUGUAAUCUAAAAGGAAUACUAUUUCAGUUUGGUUUGGUUCUGAUCAUUUUCGGUGUUGCCGGGAAGUAUUAAGAUGUUGAUCGAUUCAAAGCUCGGCAAUUGCGAUGUGAUUUUUCACUCCAGUCAGAAAAUGUUUUGAACACCAGUAUGCAUUUUUCGGACAGUAAUUGCAUGUAAUCUUGCAACGUUUUACUUCAUCUUAGUCAUCGUUAUUUUCCACGUUAUUUAUUUUUUAGCAUUCGUGUAUAAUUCUUAAGUAAUUAAAGUUACAACUCGUAUAGCGAUUUAAACGCUAUUCUGAUGUCAGAACUGUUUUGGAAGUCAUACAAAUUAUUAUGGGUUUUGUGUGUUGUGUGAAUUUUUGUUGUGAUUGCCGUAAUUGAACUAACAACUCCGCUUUUUUUCUCUUUCUUGUAGUAUUGGUUUCAAAACCGACGAGCCAAAUCAAGGAAACUGGAGACAAAGAUGUCUUUCGUCUGUCAGACCAGCCCGUCAAACCAGUUUGUUAGCGGACCCUAUCCAGAUCACUGGAAACAAGGCAAACUAGUGUCCUGUGCAGCGAUGGAAAGCUACUUUAGAGAUAUAAACCAGAGAACAGUUGUCAGUCGUCAAUUCUCAGUCAAGUCAGACCGUGUACCCAAGUUCCACCCUGAUCAGUUCACAAUCAGACCUGCUGAGCCCGCAAGACUACCUUACAGCCGCGCUCUCUACAGAUAUCAACCCUACUAAGUUCGAAUAAGACUUUUGAAUAGUGUUAGAAUAUAUUGAAUUUGAUGAGUGGCCUGAAAGAACUUUAAAGAGUUUAUAGGUUUUAUGAGUAAGAUGUGUACAAAAGAUAGCAUUCAAAAUUAUGUCAUACAGUUGUGUAGUUAUAGGAGAAAAAAUAUUUGAGUUCAUUGCUGUGUAAAUAGUAAGUUCUAGUAGUGUUUUAAAUAAAAGGUUGUACUAGUGACAGCAUGAAGUUUACUAGUCAUUUUAUCUAAUCGUUUCGGGAGAAUGGGAAGAAAAGAUGUGAAGAACGGCCGUGAGUGUCGGGGGAGGUGGUGGGGAGAGCAAAAGCCGGUGGGAACUUCCAAUGGCUUUCAGAGUAAAGGAUGCUUCUUUUUUAUUUAACAAAGGAGCCGGCAGAACUGAACGGGAAUUAAAUUUACGAUAAGCAGCCUGUACUGGGAUUGAUGAAAGUAUAGCGGUAUUUAAGGGUCAACGAUAAUAAAUGACAUUUUUGUACUGUAUAACUGGUGAAAAAACGCAAAAAAAAAAAAAUCCUUCAUGUUAGUUGACUUGCUUUACAAAAAUGGCGGCAGGUUAAGCUGCCUGUGACAUCCUUAAAGUCAACGAAUGCGCAAGUAAGACGGAAGGAGCGGCCAUUUUUCGCGCGGUCUUUGACCCUCGUUCCUCGUUCUUUGCUCUGAAACCGCACAGAAUCGCUUGCUACGCGUGCUUCUCUUCAGCGCGCAGAAAUGGCCGCUUCUUAUCGCUUUCCGUAGCUGGGAGCGUUUCACGAAACGUCGCAACGACGGGCAGCGGCGAAAGGCGUAUUCCGCUGCAGGGAAUUCAUUUUUCUCAGCCUACGAAAAAUAUAGCGGCCUGUUACAGGCGUUCGUUGUGGGGAUGGCGCAAAAUCUCCCUCCUUAAUUAUUUUUCCUCGCCUUUUGACUUCGCGCCACACUCCACUAUUUAAACACCUGCAGCUGGAACAGGCUACAAAGCAAAUUCAAACUUGAACAUAACCUGGAUAAACCAUUGUAACUCAAUAAAUGACGAAAGGAUAUUAUUAGCGAUAGGGUAAUACAGGAGUUGUUUCGAUCCAGCUCGAUCUGAGUUGGUGCUUAGGGCUAGAACAUUCUGCUAUCUUCCCACUGGGUCAACAAAACAUCUAAAUACUUCUACUGAGCUCAAACCGAAUAAAAGUGAUAACAAACGUCAACUUUUUUCAGCAUGGUUGUGUUUAUUUCUGAUUAAGCUUCCAUGGUCCUGAAAACAAUGACUGAGCGUCAAGAAAUUAAUUGUCGCAGUAUUAUGAAGCAGUUGAAUGUAUUUUAGUCGCUCACAAUGCUUAAUUUUAAUUGUUGAAAUAGUUCAUUGAAUGAUUUUGAACGCAGUAAAACGAGAGUAGAGAUGGGCUUUCUUCCUAAGCAAAGAAUAAACUACACUUGAACAAACGCAAGCUGAAACAUAGGUGUCUGUUGUUGAUCAACCAAGAGAAGUGAUUUUUUCUCAUGAGAAAUUAAUCAUACUUUUUCGUGGAAUCUUAAAGUUUCGUUACAUCGUUUAACGAAUCUUUUUCCAAUUUUACAGAAAAUAAGGAUUCGUCGCCAUUAAUAAACAAUAAAAGCCACUUUUGAAAACUUUGUUAUCCAAGGUAGAUUAUCUUAGUUAGCCAGAGAAUACCGCAACCGGCUCUGUAUCGGUUUUAGGUCUUUUAAAAGAACCGCCGCCGGCACGCGCAGACUAUAGCCAUGCGGGUCGAUAAAUAAUAUGUUUGUCGGGCCGCAAGCUUUGUUGUUCAGUAAAUGCAGAUUAUAAAUAAGGUUUCUGUUCCAAACGACUCUUCACUCAGUUUGUUGCUCAACUGUACUGUGAAAAGUUAUCAGCUCAGUCAAAUGGAUUGUGCUCAGUUGAAAUCUAUCGUUUCCCUUGUGGAUUCUCUUGUACGUAAUACGCAAGUCAGAGAGUCACGCGUGCUGUCUUCAAAUCAAGUUCCUGCUCGUGCACCAUCCUUGGCUCCAGUCUCCAGCAAGUCUCUAACAGACUUCUCCAUCUGCAGUAUCCUGGGUCUAGAACGUGAAAUCACCCAAUCUCCCUCAAGUUCUGGUAAGUUAAGAGUUCCAUCUUAAGAUACUCGAGCCCUUAAUUAGUCAAGGGCAUCAUUUGGCAACUUUGACUAUCGAAAUAACUAUUAAAAGUCAAUUUUUAUCUUGUUGCCUUUCUAUUAGUUUAAUCCAUUUCAGAAACAAAAAAAGAGAAAUACUCAGCUUUAGACGACGAUUUCUGUUAGUUACGAGAACCAGCCAUUAGAGCGGUUUUUGAUAUGAAACAAGUUAUGUAUCCAAACCGAAAAUUGUCCGUAGGAAUAAACAUUAAAACAUGUGUCUAUAUUUAUGUUGACUACUUGUAUUUAAGUGAUAUUAAGGGGAAAUAAUAGCUGACAUGUGUAAAACUAAAAUCCAAUUCUUCUUUAAUUUACAGAAUGCAACAGUGAUACCAGUCCGCCGUUAUCGCCUUACUCCGACUGCGCAAGUCCGCGUCCCAGCCACAAGGCAACCAGUCCACCGUUAACUCCUUACUCCGACAUCUCAAGUUCCAGCAGCGACUGUGACAGUGAGCCCGAUCCAGCUUCGACUCCAACUGAACAUUCAACGAAGGAGAAGCGACAGCGCACGACCUUCUCACCUAUCGAACUUGGAGAGCUGGAAUUAGCAUUCAGACGGUGGCCAUAUUUGCUAAAGGAAGACGAGGAGGAACUGGUACAAAGACUUGGAAUCACGGCUAAAAGUCUGAAGGUGAGUUUCUAUUUUUCAUGUUUCCUAUUGUGUACGUAAAUUUCAGGAACCAAUGAGCAUUUGUAACCUAAAAGGAAUAAAAUUUCAGUUUGGUUUGGUUCUGAUCAUUUUCGGUGUUACCGGGAAAUACUAAGAUGUAAAUGUUGAACAAUUCAAAGCUCGGCAAUUGCGAUGUGAUUUUUCUCUCCAGUCAGAAAAUGUAUUGAACACCAGUAGGCAUUUUUCGGACAGAAAGUUUUACUUCAUCUUAAUCAUCGUUAUUUUCCACGUUAUUUAUUUUUUAUCAAUCUUGUAUAAUUCUUAAGUAGUUGAACCUACAACUCAUAUUGCGAUUUAAACGUUAUUUUGAUGUCAGAAAAUGUUUUGGAAUUCAUACAAAUUAUUAAGGGUUCUGUGUGUUGUGUGAAAUAUUUUUGUUGUGAUUGCCUUAACUGAACUAAUAACUCCGCUUUUUUUCUCUUUCUUGUAGUAUUGGUUUCAAAACCGACGAGCCAAAUCAAGGAAACUGGAGAGAAAGAUGUCUUUCGUCUGUCAGACCAGCCCGUCAAACCAGUUUGUUAGCCGACCCUAUCCAGAUCACUGGAAACAAGGCGAACGAGUGUCCUGUGCAGCGAUGGAAAGCUACUUUAGAGAUAUAAACCAGAGAACAGUUGUCAGUCGUCAAUUCUCAGUCAAGUCAGACCGUGUACCCAAGUUCCACCCUGACCAGUUCACAAUCAGACCUGCUGAGCCCGCAAGACUACCUUACAGCCGUGGUCUCUACAGAUAUCAACCCUACUAA